AUGGGAAGAAGGAUUGAUACUUUUCAAGAGUUCCAUCCCUUUCUGGCUAAGAAUGAGUUUUGGAAUUUUUCCCGUGAUAAACUGUAUUUGAAACCAAAUGGAGAUGUAGAAGGAGAUCUGAUAAUCAGGAGCUGCGUGGUUUCCACCAAGGAGAAGCCUGUACUAGAAAACCUGGGGAAUUUUGAAAGACAGAGACUUAUUAUCAACCAAGAUGCUCUUUCACAGUUAAAGUUGCUCAAGAAGAAUCACAGAAGUGACUGUGUCAGUCCAGGGAGAAAUGGAUCUCCUGUUUCUGUUUCUGAUGCUGCUGCUUGUGCUGUCCAAGAGAAACUCUGGAAAGCUCAGAAUCAAAUGCCCCCCAACUUUGAAGCUGCAGGACAUAGGAAAUCCAUGGAACUUUUACAAGCCAGCUGUGGAAGGCAGGACAACCUUUUGGCUCUUCUUGAUGCAGCUGACAGUGACAUCUCCAUUCAGAUAUCAACUUUAGUAGGGUCCUACAAAGUCCCACAGUUCCACCCCUUUCUGGAGAAGAAUGAAUUGUGCAAUCUUUCCCACCUGAAACUAUACUUGGACCAAAAUGGAGAUGUAGCAGCAGAUCUCAAUAUCAUGAGCUCCCUGAUUCUCCCUGAGGAGGAUCCCAUUGAAGAACAAAUAGGGAGCUUGGAAGGACAGAGACUUAUUAUCCGGCAAGAUGUUCUACCACGGCUAGAGCUGCUGAACAAGUCUCUGCCUCAGUCCAAAUGUGUGGAAAACUGUCAUCCUGGAUUUUUCAAGCGGGCUCGGGAAGGAGAGCCAAUUUGCUGCUAUGACUGCAUUCCUUGUCCUGAGGGGACCAUCUCCACUCAGGAAGAUACUGAAAAAUGCACCAAGUGUCCAGAUGAACAAUAUCCAACCAAAAACCGAGUCCAAUGUAUCCCCAAAAGAAGGAACUUUCUGUCCUAUGAAGAACAACUAGGCAUCAUCCUAAUCUCUGUUGCCCUACUCUUGUUCCUAAUCACAGUCCUUAUUUUAAUCAUAUUCAUUAAAUACCUAGAAACUCCCAUCGUCAAAGCCAAUAAUCGGGACCUCUCCUAUAUACUCCUGGUCUGCCUCCUGCUUUGCUUCUUGGCCUCCUUUUUCUUCAUUGGACAACCAAGAAAAGCUACAUGUCUUUUCCGACAAAUGGUAUUUGGCAUUGUCUUCUCAGUAGCUGUGUCUUCUGUAUUAGCCAAAACAAUUACAGUGGUACUGGCGUUCCUGGCCAUAAAACCAGGGAACAAGGUGAGAAGAUGGUUGGGGAAGAGCUUGGCCAACUCCAUCAUCCUUUCUGGUUCUGCUGGCCAAACUUUCAUAUGUGCCCUGUGGUUGGGUGUUUCUCCACCAUUCCCUGACUCUGAUCUGCACUCUCAGCCUGGAGAGAUCAUCCUUCAAUGCAAUGAAGGCUCUGUUGCCAUGUUUUAUGCUGUCCUUGGCUAUAUGUGCUUCCUAGCUGCCAUUUGCUUCAUUGUGGCUUUCCUGGCUAGGAACCUGCCUGGGGCAUUCAAUGAAGCCAAGUUCAUCACCUUCAGCAUGCUGGUCUUCUGCAGUGUAUGGAUCUCCUUCCUGCCCACCUACUUGAGUACCAAAGGAAAGUCCAUGGUGGCCGUGCAGGUCUUCUCCAUUUUGACCUCUGGUGCUGGAUUACUUGUCUGUAUCUUCUUUCCCAAGUGCUAUAUUAUCAUCCUCAGGCCAGAUCUAAAUACUAAGGACCAUCUAAUUAUAAAAGUAGGGAAAUGA